AUGUUCGCGCCAGAAGUGUUGGAUGAAGUUAUGGCCCUGAAAUCUAUUUUUUGUAACCCUAAAGAGUUUUGCUUGGUGAAUCCGUCAUCAUUUGAUGUCCUUGAGAAAAUCUCAGGACCAAUUUCUUUCAAAAUUUCCGUCAGUUGUGUCGUAGGGCGAGACUUCUCAGAGGGGAAUAGUCCUGUUUCAAUCGUUGUGGAAAUGACUGUUGUAAUUUCAGAUGAGUAUCCCCAAAAAUUGCCAGAAAUAUCACUAUCAUGCGCGGAAAUGUCGAAGAAAGACUUGAAUUCUUUGCGAAAAAAUCUAUUGGAGUUUGCAAACGAUAUUCGUCGUUCAAGUUCCGAGCCAAUGAUUAUGGAACUGGUUUUGUGGCUGCAAGAGAAUACUAAAGCUUUUUUAUGUUUUGACAACACAAGUGCAGCAUCACAGUGCACAAAUGGUAGUUACUGUGCAGAUAAAAUCAUGAUUUUACUCAAGAUAGACCACAUGCGGAGUAAAAAUCGUUACAUAAAAACCAUAACACGUUGGAUUAACGAGGUGAAUUUAACUGGAAGACUCUUCCUCUUAAAUGCUUUCAUCUUCCUUUUGCUGACUGGGGAUGCUAGUGAUGUCAAAGAAUAUUUACGAAAGCAUAAAACUUGCAAUGUUGACGUUGACUCUUCUGGAAAACCAUGCAAGGAGAGAAUGAUGAAUGUCUUGGUGCAAGAACAAGCUCCACGCGAUUUGAGGAUUUCUGACUUUGACAAAGAAGAAUGCAAAUCUGCCUCACAACUAAAAGAAAGAUUUAUGGAACUACAACUUGAGGAUCUUUUUAAGGAACACAUUAACCCCCUGCUUUAGGUAAUAUACCAAAGAAUUGAAACCUCUGAUGAAUAUUUUUUUAUACUACCCUUUGUAUGUGUAUGGUGGUCAUAAGGAUGUACAAGACCUUAAUAGAGGCAAGCCUUCUUUCUGUGGUAUGAGGUUAAUGUAUGCUAGGGUUAUUUCUCCUAAGGUUGGGACCAUGAUGGCAAACAUAAUUGGGAAAGGGAACUGCCAAGGAAAUUGUGAGUCACUGGCUGAAAGCUAUCAAUUUCCCAUGCUAAAAAAAGGGGGACUGCCAGGUGAAUUUUGGCUGGUAAUCAACCCUUAGAAUAAAGGGCUAACUGAUAAUGAGUUUUCACUAUUGAAGUUGUUCAAUAAUACUAAAAACCAUUUAAACAAAAGCAUCAAGAUAAAUACCUUUAUGGUAAAACUUAUCUAGACAAAGCAAAGUCAUUGGUAUGGAAUAAAUUCCCAUUUAAACUGUUGUCUUCCCUUUUAUGGUUAAUUGUGAGCACUAACAGGUAUGACAAUCUUGCUUGAAAUUUAAUUGAGUGAUUGUUUUUAACAUUUUUCUGGCUUUUAUAGCUUAUAAUUUCCCUAAACAAAUUUCCUAUUGAAAUUUGCCACUGUAACAACAUGCAACGUGUAAAUGGGAAUGUGACUUUAGCAGUGGACACUCCACAAGGUGGCUCUUCUUGUCUGUUUCCAGUGUUAUGAGUAAUUGUUGUUCUUAAUAGAAGCUUCUAGAAAUCUCCAGACUGCUUAGUCAUGCCAAAAUGUGUACCAUAGAACUUACUUGAACAUUUCAUCAAGUCACACAGUUAUUACAUAAUACCAUUAAAAUAGUUCUUUUAUAAGCUUCUGGAAUGUUCAAGAGCACUUUGUAAAUGUCUAUACAGACUCAGUUACAUAGUAGUUGUUAUUGUUGUUGGGAGUGACCAACUGUUUAGAAAGCUAUACCGUGAGAGAGAGCUACAGUGGAAGAUUGCUAAGUUCAAGAAAAGUUGGAGGAAACUGUGAGUUUGGCCCAGUGGUGAGCCAAUAUAUAGACUGUAGUGGGCUUAAGUAAGUUUAUUGAGCAUAAGUACUGUACUGCCUUUAGGAGUCACUCCUUAUUAAGAAUAUCACUAGUUGUUUAAUGAAGUAGUUGAGUUUGUAAGAUUCUAGUGUUUUUUUUUUUUAUACGAUACGGUAAUACUAGGUUGAAUUAAAAUUUGGAAUGUUGGUUUUUGUGGAGGAGGGAAGCCUGGAGAACUGGAGGAAAACCCAUGGAGCAACAAGAAGAACCAACAACAAACUCAACCCACAUGUGACACCACAUCUGGGAAUUGAACCCAGGCUACAGCAGUGGAAGGCGAGCACUCUCACUACUAAGCCAACAUGAACAACUGCAUUCUCACCACUGUGUAAAAAAAUGAUUUAUUGAAGAAUACAUUAUCAGUUACAAA